AGAGCUCCGGCCAUGGAUUCCGUGUGGCUCCUCCUUCUGACCGCCCUUCUGGGGCUGCUGAUCCUCUUGUCCCGGGGUCCCCCCGCUUCCCGGAGAGGCCGCCUCCCCCCGGGUCCACGACCUUUGCCUUUACUUGGCAACGUGCUGCAGAUGGACCGUCGUGGCCUCCUGAAAUCCUUUCUGGCGCUUCGGGACAAGUAUGGGGAUGUAUUUACCGUCUAUCUGGGUUCCCGACCUGUGGUUGUGCUAUGUGGGCCCGAGGCUGUGAAGGAGGCCCUGGUGAAGAAGGCUGAGGAGUUCAGUGGCCGAGGACCCAUCGCCAUGGUUGACUCAGUCUUCCAGGGGCAGGGGAUUACCUUUGCCAAUAAUCAUACAUGGAAGACCUUGCGUCAAUUUUCUCUGGCCACUCUUCGGGAUUUUGGGAUGGGGAAGAGAAGCAUUGAAGAACGGAUCCAAGAGGAGGCUCAGUGCCUGGUUGAGGAGCUGCGGAAAUCCCAGGGAGCCCUAUUGGACCCCACCUUCCUCUUCCACUCCAUCGCAGCCAACAUCAUCUGUUUCAUUAUGUUUGGUGAACGCUUCUCCUAUCAUGACGACCUGUUCCACGAGCUGCUGAGCAAGUUCAAUGACACGUUUGCCCUUGCCAGCUCUGCCUGGGGCCAACUAUUUGAGCUAUUUUCAGGUUUCCUGAAGUUCUUUCCUGGUCCCCAUUGGCGUACCCACAAUAAUCUGACAUUCAUCAAUGCCUUCAUUGCUGACAGUGUGGAGAAGCACAAAGAGAGCCUGGACCCCAGUACCCCCAGAGACUUCAUUGAUGUGUAUUUGCUCCGUAUGGAGAAGGAAAAGGAAGAUCCUAAAUCUGAGUUCCACUACAAAAACCUCAUCAUCACUGUCCUAUCAUUAUUCUUUGGGGGUACUGAGACAACCAGCACCACCUUGCGUUAUGGCUGUCUCCUGCUCCUCAAAUACCCUUGGGUGGCAGAGAAAGUCCAAGAAGAGAUUGACGAGAUGAUUGGGAAGAAUCGUUCUCCAGAGCUUAAAGACAGAGCCCAAAUGCCCUACACAGAUGCUGUGAUCCAUGAGAUCCAGAGAUUUAGUGAUCUUCUCCCUAUGAGUGUACCCCAUUGUGUGACCCAGGACACUUCCUUCAGGGGCUAUCUCAUUCCCAAGGGCACUGAAGUGUACCCUCUCCUGAGCACAGUCCUGCAUGAUCCCAAGUACUUUAAGAAACCUUAUGACUUUGACCCCAAUCAUUUCUUGGAUGCUCAAGGAUCUCUGAAGAAGAGUGAGGCUUUUAUUCCCUUUUCUUCAGGAAAGCGAGUCUGCCUGGGUGAGGGCAUUGCCCGGAUGGAGCUUUUCCUCUUCCUCACCACCAUCCUACAGAACUUCUCCCUGAGCUCCUCCAUGGUUCCUGCUAGCAUUGACCUCACUCCCAGGGAGAGUGGAGUGGGCACGUUGCCUCCCAUCUACCAGCUUCGAUUCCUCCCCCGCUGAAGGGAACCAAGGCAUGGAGAGGCAGUCACAAGCCCAGUCUCUCUAUUGUCACCAAACAUCCCAUUUCAGGGGUCAACCAGAAUGAACGGGGCCUGGAGGGGGUGCAGCACCACUUACCACCCUCAGAAGAGGAAAUCGUGAGCCGAGAGAGGGAUAGACAUAAAUUCAGUUUCGUCAUGGGUUGCCUCUGAAAUCUCUUUCAAAUCAAGAUCAAUAAUGAUUCUAAUGUUCCUAGUAAAUGACUCAAAUUUCCUCUUUCCCUGAAGGUUCUUCCUGUAUUCUGACCUCUUUGUUACAUGCUCUAUAUUCAGCCUACCCCACAAGAGGAAGUCAGAAUCACCUUUAAUUGUGUGAUCAUGAAACCUCAGUCCUAGCAGAGGGGCUCAAAGAAUAUGAUGACAAAGCAAAUAGUGGUGAAUUUGGGAUCAGGAAGACCUGAUUUCAAAUGCUUCCUGUGACACUGAUUUUCUGAGCCUUACAAGCAAGAAGCCCUUUUAAUUUUCACACCUCUGCAAAUGGAAGAUAAUAACAUCAUGGGUAAUGAUCUCACAUAGAUAUUUCUGAAAUCCAACUGAGAUUAUGCAUGAAAAGCAUCAUGAUUUUUUUUUAAUGGGAACUUUGAUUUUAUGGAUGGAGGGAACACCUGAUACAGUCUACCUCUGUUCUUGGUAAAUGGUCUCAGGGAGUUGUAAGAGCAACCUUAGUUGCAGUGAUUUGUCGGGUAUGAGUCUGCCACAGAUAAACCUUGAACACAAGUCUUCUGGUCUCUGGGGCCAGCUCUGUAGCCAUUCUGCUAUUCAGCCUCCCUGAGUGCUAUGUAAGCAUCUGAUACCAGAUAUUCUGCAUGGGAAGGAACCUUGGAAGGCCGAGUGUGGGAGGGUUUUCUGUUCAUUGUUGGAGGAGUUCCUUUAGAAAAGAACUUCUCCAAUCUACUCAUUUGACUUGAACUGAUCAUUAAGUACCUUCUGUAUGGAUAGCAAUUUCUUAGACACUGGGCAAACAAAGAGAUUGUUUUUUCUAU